CAUCCUACCAACGUGCCAUGGGAUCAUCUGGUUCGAAGCUAACCGAGCCUCCAGGGGCUACUCCCAGCCCUUCGCAGAUCAUGGUGCCCGUCUCAGGGACUGCGAAGCCACCGCAGGUCGGCAAGUCGGGCAAGAAGAUUUGCUGUUCCUGUCCAGACACAAAAGCGGCUAGGGACGACUGUGUCAUCAUGAACGGCGAAGAGGAGUGCAAAAAUUUCAUCGAGGCGCACAAGGAAUGCCUGCGUUCGGAAGGCUUUGACAUCCGAUAGCACGAACCGAGCGCUGGAGAGGCUUGCGCCUGCUGCGGCCGAUGUUUGUCAUUUGGUCCUUGUGCAUACUGGCUGUACCAUCGGCGAACGUGUUUGUUUGGACUUUCGAAGACGAUUCUUUUACUAUGUGUUUCAUUCGUUGUAACGCCCUUCAGUAGAGCUUUGAUUUGGUUUGUCGUCCCCUUCAUUCUGGACAUCGGUUUUUACAUCCUCCGGUGCAAUCUCACUAGCCGGGGUAGACAACGAAAAAAGGAAGGCCGCACAGCACAUGUUUGCUUUUGCAUUUCUCUUUUUUCUCGCAAUACCCAUACGGUUCCUCCGCCAAACGCUCUUGGUUUGUUUGUGUCUACUGUCGGGGGUGUCGUGGGGAGGUUGGGGGCAACAAACCACCCUGUGUGUCUUGGUUGGCCAUGUCGCAUCUCAUACAUGUAGAGAGCCAGGAGACGUGAAAGCUGUGUAGCCUUGGCUCAAGCAGAGAGAGGGUUGUUUUGCCGGGACUUCUGUAAUAGACCCCUUUUUUGUGGUUUCUCAAGUAGGCGUGGUGCUCAGGUGUGCGACUACCUUUUGAAGAGAGACGCGGCCGCACGAUAGUGAGCAGGCAUGGCUGGCUCCCGAGCGUUUUACCCUACAGGUUUCUCAGAAGAUGUUCCCUCUCUUGCAUCUUGAUAAUAGAGACAUGACGAGAAGACACGUCCCUCAGUGCCCUUUCAUUUUGUAAGAACUUGUAUUAUUUUUCUCGCGUUUCGCGGAACGUUUUUCUGUUUAAAUUAACUAUUUGCUUUGU